AUGACUCCAGCGGCCUUGGCAGCACUGAUGAAAGCCGCCGAAAAAGCUGAGGUGUUCGAAGUUGAGGAUGCAUUUUUCACAGGUGUUCUGGCCAACUUGGCAGGUGUACGGAGGCUAAACCUGCGGGGAAUCUGGAAUCGAGCGAAAUGGUCACAACCGUGCGUCAAUGGACAAGGUACUGUAAUUAGCUAUCCAGUACAUUAUGCUGGCCCUGAAGAUCUAUUGGAACAUUGGGAUAGCAUACGUUCGCUGAGAUGUCGUUACCCAAUCGAAGACUUGCUCAUGUCAUUCAUAAUGAGAGAUUAG